UUCCCCUUACCCUUCGGCAACCUAAGUCGUUCGUCGCGGGAUUUCAGUUCGGCUCUGGGUUCGGGACCUGUGGGCGGGGCGAGAGGAAGGAUGACUGUUCUCUGCGCGGUGCUUGAUCCGGAACUUCUUGUCAAGGGACCCCGGAAGAGGUAGCUCGCACGAUAGAAACGUGUUCGCUACCGAGAAGUGAAGAACGCAGAGGCGCGAGUGAGGCGGAGGAGAGGUCUCUAGAUGCUCUCCAGAUCCUUGGUUAUGGAAUAUUUGGCUCAUCCUGGUGCACUCAGCUUGGCUGCUGGAGUUGUUUGUGGCAUGUUCCUGGGCUGGGGCCUCCGUGCACACUUUGGGCUGACCCCCAAAAGCUCGGUGAGCAAGACAGACAUGGAGACUGGAACUGAAGCAAGCAUCUUAGGAGAGAGUGGGGAGUACAAAAUGAUUCUUGUGGUUCGAAAUGACUUGAAGAUGGGAAAAGGGAAAGUGGCUGCCCAGUGCUCUCAUGCUGCUGUUUCUGCCUACCAGCAAAUUCAAAGGAGAAACCCUGAAUUGCUCCAACAGUGGGAAUACUGUGGCCAGCCCAAAGUGGUAGUCAAAGCCCCUGAUGAAGAAACUCUGGUUGAAUUAUUGACCCAUGCAAAAAUGCUGGGACUGACUGUAAGUUUAAUCCAAGAUGCUGGACGUACUCAGAUUGCACCAGGCUCUCGAACUGUCCUAGGAAUUGGGCCAGGACCAGCAGACCUAAUUGACAAAGUCACUGGUCACCUAAAACUUUACUAGGUGGAAUUUUGUAUGAUGGUUCCACCACCACAAGUGUUUGAAACUGUCAAAUUCUAACAAUAAAAGCUGAAUGUCCCAACUUCAGUAUUCUUGAGAUGAAAAUCCAUUUCUGUGUUC